AUGUUGCACGGAGCUCUCAGCGUCAGCGUGGCCUUGAGUCUCGUCACACUAGCAUGGUCCAAGCCUCUCUCUCAAUCACGUCGGGACAUGGUCGUGCAUGAGCGUCGGGAUAGCCCACCCAGCGGGUUUGUUCAAGACGGGGCUGCACCGGCAGACCAAGUCUUGAGCCUGCGGUUUGUACUCUCCCAGAGUGAUUUCUCUGGCCUUGAGAGUGCUCUCUAUGCUGUCAGUACGCCUGGGAACUCUCGUUACAGACAAUUUUUAUCGAAGGAAGAGGUCGAAGCGUUCGUCGCACCAUCCAACGAGACUUCGUCCGCUUUCAGCUCCUGGCUCUCGUCGAAUAAUCUAACGUCCACCCCCAUCUCUGCGGCUGGUGACUGGCUCUCUGUCAACAUCACGGUCUCCCAGGCCAACGAUCUCUUGAGCGCUGACUUCUCUACCUUCACGCAUGAAACGACGGGACAGUCGACUGUUCGCACCCUGGAGUAUUCUGUGCCCGCAUCUCUGCAAAGCCAUAUCAGUCUUGUCCAUCCUACCGUGGCUUUCCCGACUUCGCCCGUAGGGCCAAUAACAGGUACCCAGGCCACCGUUCCACCGCCCAAGGCAGCUAUAAGCUCGAAUGGCAGCAGUACGAGCCCCUCUUGUCUUCAAUCCCUUUAUGGAAUACCCACGACUGCUGCAACCCAACAGACAAACAUUUUGGCCGUCUCUGGGUUCGGUAGUCAGUACGCCAAUGAGCAAGACCUCACGGAUUUCCUCGCGCAGUUCCGCACCGACAUCAGUAGCUCCACCACGUUCACACUCGAGUCUGUGGAUGGCGGCACGAAUGACCAGACUUUGGCUAACGCCGGUGACGAAGCGAAUCUCGAUAUACAAUACACCGUGGGCUUGGCGACUGGUGUUCCAGUUCAGUUCUUGUCCGUAGGUUCGCAGACCACCGAUGGCAUUGAUGGCUUCAUCGACGAGAUCAACUUCAUGCUGGCUGAGAGUACCGUUCCCAAUGUGUUGACAACCUCAUACGCAUUCAAUGAACCCGAUCUCCCUUUGUCGCUGGCAACCAACCUUUGCAACGCCUACGCUCAGCUUGGUGCUCGUGGUACAUCGGCCUUUGUCGCAUCCGGCGACGGAGGUGUCUCAGGCGUCCAAUCGCAAUCCUGCACCACAUUCGUUCCUACCUUCCCUUCAACUUGCCCCUACAUCACUUCGGUAGGCGGAUCGACCGGCGUUAACCCCGAGGUCGCUGCGUCCCUCUCUGGCGGAGGUUUCUCCAAUCUGUUCGCCGUUCCGGACUAUCAAUCCGACGUUGUUUCGUCCUGGAAGUCUGGCUUCGGAACCAGCACAUACUCUGGUCUCUACAACACCACUGGACGCGGCGUUCCCGACGUCGCAGCCCAGGCAGAGAACUUCUACCUGCGUUGGAAGGGAGCAUGGUACCUCGUUGGUGGAACCUCAGCCGCCUCACCGACCUUUGCUUCAGUCAUCUCGUUGUUGGACGAUGAGCUCGUGGCGGCUGGAAAAGCGCCCUUGGGCUUCCUGAACCCGUUGAUCUACUCCAACAGCCAAGCGUUCACUGACAUCACUUCCGGUGAUAACCCUGGAUGCUCCACGAACGGAUUCUCCGCAACGACAUCUUGGGAUCCCGUGACGGGCAUGGGCACCCCGAUCUAUUCUGCUUUGAAGACUGCUGCUGGGCUUUGA